AAUUUUAACCGUAUGCAACAACACGUGAAACAAGUUAGCACUCCACUUUGGUAAAAUAUUCAUCGAAGUUGGCAUUACACACAGCGUUCCCCGAGAGAGAUCAACAACACAAAACAGGUGUCUUCCUCCUACUCUGCUACUCCCUUCCUCUUCUUCCCAUUGCUUCGCGCCUCGAUAAUCGGUGCAGUAACUUCAUCAAUUUGCACGGCGGAGUCGGCAAUAUCAAAUCUCCGUAGUUAACCAGACUUUUUCAACAAAAUGCUAGGGGAUGGACUCCAAACCCCUACUCGAUCCGAGUUGCUAUGUAUGGUGAAGAAGAAUUCAAAGAUGUUAGGGAAAACCAUAGUGGAAGAUGAAGAAACAUCGGAUGUUGAAACAGAUCCCCGUUUCUGGCAUGAUGUUAUGGAUGUGUAUUUCAUUCGUGGGAGGGAGUCUAGGGGGCGUCAGGAAGAUGAUCUUGUAUUCUUUGUUAAAAAAUUGCAUUUGCAGAAACAUGGGUCAAAUGAAGAUGAAUCUGCAAACUCUCCUUACUUUGUACGCAGGUGGGCACCUAAGUUGGAUGACUUAAUUGGUACAAGUGCAUCAGAUGUUGAUUGGAGGCGCUCCUUUUACUUGAACUUAAUUGCCCAAACUUCUUUUAGUGUGACGGUUGCAAUUUGCAGUCAACAGGUCCUUAAGAAUUACCAGACUGGAAAAGACGGACCAUUAUCUCCUAUAUACAAGGUUGUCAAAACUGUCUAUGCAUCUCCAAGUCGUAUCAAUUUUCACUUGGACUCUAGAAAGGAAGUAGAAACAAGCUCUGCCUACCCAGAAAUAUGUUUUGCAGUUGACGACUAUGAUUCCACAUUUGAUGCGGUGGUCUUGACGGAUGUUGAUCACUGCUAUUGUGUACUUUUAAAUGCACAUGAUGGGGCUGCAUUUCCAAGGGAGAGAAUACAACAAGGCUGCAGUCCUGGUGAUACUUCAAGGAGUGAUACAAGUUCUGGAAAAGGACCAACUUCAAAGAUUACUCUUUUCUCAGGCUUCGUUAGCUAUCAAAUGGUCCGAGAUGCAUAUGAUGCUGGAAGGUCUGGAUUUGGGAGCCUUCUCUCACUUCAUUCUGCUGGGAAAACUGACAGGAUUUACAUGAAAGGGCCUGGAGGACGUGGGGAAGUUGAAGUGGCUGUGUCUGGUGUUGUGGAUCAAAGCAAGCCGGACUUGAGCCAAAAUUCUGUAGAUCACAACUCUAAAAAAGGAUUAAGCUUAGGUGCAGUUGUGCGACGAGCUGCAUCAGUUGCAUCUGAGGCAGCAAAGCAUGCAUAUGCUGCUGCUUCUGCUACCCGAGAUGAAGGAAUGAUCCCCCUAAAGUGCUGCUUGAUGUCUAUAUCAUUACCUUGGGAAUAUAUUGCUCAUGAUCUUUUGUUCAAAGGAAGUCCUCCCGUUAACUUGUAAGAAUCUCAUGUGUUUCAGAGAGGACUAUAUAAUCUCCCAUGAACUUAGAAGUUUUUUACUCCAGAUUCUGAGAAAACUAAAGAGCAUUACUGGAAGGUGAGAUGGCUGUUCCAUUAUGAAACCGAAAAAAUGGUGAGAAUAUGUAUAUAAGUUGCCACCAUUCCCGAUCCGCACAAGGUUUGCUUCCCAUGCACAUCAAGUUAGUAUAGGGGCAGAGGUAGAAGUCCAAAUAUGGGUUCAGCUGAACAACCCAGUAGCGUUGGCUCAAAUUGUGUGUAUUUUGUGUUAAGAAAUUCAAUAAAGUAUGUACACAUUAAAUUUAGAACCCAGUUAUAAGCGCUUUAAGUAGUCUUUCUAACAUCCAGAAUCCAUAAAGAUGAAAUCCUUGCUCCAUUGGCAUGUUAGUUGCUAUCUAGUUGGUUCAUUGUAAACAAACCCUUUUAGUUUGUCUAUCUGAGAUUCAUUUCUGGGUC